AUGAUGAAGAGGCAGUUUAAUCGGAUGCGGCAGCAGCUGUCCCAUCCCAACAUCACCAGCCGAGCCCAAGAAGCAACCGAGCUCCUGCCGGAAGAUCUGCUGCAGAUUGAGCAGAGGAUCGAGCCGGCCAAGCGAGCAGCUCACAGCGUGUCCAAGAGGCUCCAAGCCUGCCUGCAGGGGCAAUGCGGCUCCGAGAUGGACAAGCGAGUGAAGAAGCUGCCCUUGAUGGCUCUGUCCACGACGAUGGCUGAGAGCUUCAAGGAACUGGACACAGAGUCCAGCCUCGGGAAAGCCUUGGAGAUGGGCUGCUGCAUACAGAGCUCGCUGGCCAAAAUCCUGGCUGAGUUCGAGAUCGCCCUGGAGCGUGACAUCCUGCAGCCGCUCAACAAGCUCAGCGAGGAGGAGCUUCCCAUCAUCCUGAAGCGCAAGAAGACGCUCCAGAAGUUGAUCUCUGACUGGAACAUCAUCAAGAGCCGGCUGAACCAAGCUGCCAAGAGCUCCAGUAACAGCUCUGGUGCUGGUGCUGGCCCCGGGGCCUCUUCUGCUGCAAACAAACUGGAGAUCUUGAAGGAAGAGGAGGAGGAGGUGAAGAGGAAGGUGGAGCAGUGCAAGGAUGAGUAUAUGGCUGACCUUUACCACUUCUCCACCAAAGAGGACAGCUAUGCCAGCUACUUCAUCAGACUGCUGGAAAUCCAAGCCCAGUUCCACCGGCAGUCCCUGGGAUCGCUGGACUCAGCUCUGGCGGAGCUGAAGGAAAGCCACAGCCAGACAGAGCCCUCCUUCGCUGUAGACACGCCAGUGGCAGGGUACUACGGCGUGCCCCUAGAGACGCACCUCAAGAGCUUGGGCCGGGAGAUUGCGCUGCCCAUCGAAGCCUGUGUCAUGAUGCUGCUGGCCUCCGGCAUGAGAGAGGAG